CACACACACACACACCAAGAUCAAGACACCAAACAGACACCACCACCACCACCACAACACCACAACGAGACGAGACGAGACGAUUCAAGACAUUUCCAGGUGGUGUGUGUCUGUGUGUGGUGUGGUGGUGAGUGUGGUGUUGAGACAUGGCGCUGCGGGCGGUGGUGGGCGGCGUGGUGAGGCGUGGCCUGGUGGGUGUGGGCGGCGGGCGGGCUGUGGUGGCGCCUACACUCCUGCCGGCGGUCACAGCCGUGCCACAGCCCCAGUGUCAGCCAGCGCGGCAGUAUGCAAUGCGGCAGGAGCUGACAGAACACGGGAUAAUGUGGCGGCGGCCUCAGCGCGUGGACUCCUGGAGGCCGGCCAAAUCAGGUGACCUCUCAGCCUGUGUGGACCCCCAGGACAGCCGGGUCAAGGCCAAGCUGCAGGUGGUCAAGGAGGCACUGGAUGGUGUUGACGACAUAACUCGGCAGCUGCUCACCCUGCAGUUUGGCACCAAGGCGGAGAAGAUGAAGGUGUCCCGUUACGACUCCAUGAGGGACAUCCAGCGCCACCAGUACGACACCGGGUCACUGGAGGUCACUAUUGCCAUGCUAACAGUGCGCAUCAGGAAGGCCCAACAGGAGCUACAGGACACGAAGAGAGGCAAACGUCACACUGUCCGUCAACGCGUGGCCUUGAACGAGAGAAUAGCCAGACGGAAGAAGCUGCUUAAACACUUACGAAGGAUGGACUACAAGAGGUUUGAGUGGCUCAUUCACAAGCUGGAUAUCCUCUACAGACCCCCGCCCAGGUACGUGCGGUGGGUGACUCGGAAGAUCUCUCUGCGCAAGCUGGUGCAUGAACACGGGCGGCAGGUGCAGGUGGAGCGGCUGAGGGAGUACAAGGAGGAGCUGGAGGGACAGACCGCUGUGUUCAUCAAGGAGAAGGAACAAACACUGAGGUGGAUCGCUAACACUGAGAAGGAGCUUGGUCUGCCGGUGUCUGUACAGCUGCCUGGCGGGGUGAGGGGUGAGGGGGGUGUAGGGGUGUUGUGGUGUAGUGGCAGUGGUGUAGCUAGUGUUCUGUUGCCUGGGCCAGCACACGGCCUUCAGUUGAUGUGUUGCCUCUCCCAGAAUGAAUACAAUAUUACAUAGUGAACAUAAUGAGCAGGUUUUUUUAUGAAUUGAUAAUGGGAUUAAGUGUUUUAAAGGAACAUUUAGUAAUUACUCAUAAAUGGUUUUCUUUGAAUGAUUUUAAUCUGUUGAAAAAUGGUCACCUCUUUCUACAAAGAAAAUUUUCCUGCUUUUGUGUUUACAAGAUCGUGAAUAACAUUUUAAAAACCUGUUUGAUGAGCAAGUUGUGUGUCUGUGUGUGGACAACAUGGCAACACUUCCUGACCUUCACCCUCUCUCUCUGUGUGUUAGUGUUAGCUGACAAACACUCUCGCAGGGACCAACACUGGUGGCAGUGGUGAGGGAGACACACACCGCUACUGAUACAUUUCAAACUAAACUCACAACAUUAUAUUGAUGAAGAAACUCCUAAAGCUGCACCUGCCAUGGUGCCAGGGUGCCACGGUGCCUUGAGCCUUCUCCCCUCAUACUGGUGUGGCCCUGUCUAGUGGCAACACCAGUGAAAUGCUGCACUCUUCCUCUUCCAACCAGGAACUCUUGUGCAUCAAUGUCAUCAUCAUCUGUCUCAGAAAGUUGGCAUUCACACAACACAACACAACCCAACACAACCCUUUCUCACAUUUAUUCUCACACAUGCAGUCCAGUUUGUCACCACCAAAAGUGCCACCCCCUCCACACCCCCCCCAGGCAGACCACCCCUUCCACCCCCAGGCAGACCACCCCUCCACCCCGCUAGCUAUGCCACUGUGUAGGGGUGUUGUAGAGUGUUGGAACGGUGUUGUAUGGUGUUGUAGAGUUUAAAGGCCUUGUAGGGGUGUUGUAUGGUGUGUUGCGGUGUUGCGGGUUUUUUUUUUUUUUUUUUUUUAUAUAAUAAUUCUCUCUCUCUCUCUCUCUCUCUCUCUCUCUCUCUCUCUCUCUCUCUCUCUCUCUCUCUCUCUCUCUCUCUCUCUCUCUCUCUCUCUCUCUCUCUCUCUCUCUCAUCCACCAAUAAUUACCACGCACUCACAAAUAAUCCCCCUUUUAAAUAAAUAGUUAAAUUCUGAACACAUAUAUUUAGGAUUUUAAUAGUAGUCGAGGUACGAUAAUGGCGGAUGUAUGUACGAAGGCUGGGGAAGAGAAGAGAAGGGAAGGGAUAUUAUUACCACACACUCGUUAUUAAUUCCCCUUGUAAAUAAAUAGUUAAAUUCUGAA